UCUAUAUAUAUUGAUUCCCUUUGACUGCUGGAAACACUAAAAUUUUCCUUCCAGAUUAAUUAUUUCAAUUUCCCUCCAAAACUCGGGGAAAAUUGAAAAAUUAAGAAAAUGACCUCUUUGUUCAGUCUAAAUUUGAGCAGAGCACCGGCUACCCGCCGCAGGUUACAGCUACCGGCAGAGGUUCACCUGUCGGAAUUUUUCGCCGUCUAUGCAUGGCUGAAUAGUAGCACCAAACCCUCGCCCUUGACUUUCCAAAUUCAACGCAAGCACCUGUCGAAAGUAACCGAAUGUCGAGUAGCAAGUCUGGAUGGGGUACAAGUGAGUGAAAAAGACACUCCUCUUCGAACUCCCAAUGAGAUCAACAAAAAGAUCGAGGACUCAAUCGAGUACGUUAAAAAUUUGCUGAUGACAUCGGGGGACGGGCGAAUAAGCGUGUCCCCCUACGACACGUCGAUAGCAGCCCUAAUCAAGGACGUGAAAGGGCGCAACGCCCCACAGUUUCCGUCGUGCCUCGAGUGGAUAGCGCAGCACCAAAUGGCGGAUGGCUCGUGGGGGGAUGAAUUCUUCUGCAUUUACGAUCGGAUUGUAAAUACAUUAGCGUGUGUCAUUGCCUUGAAAUCAUGGAACGUUCACGCUCACAUGAUCCAAAAAGGAGUGGCAUACGUGAAUGAGAAUGUGCAUAAACUCAAAGAUGGAAAUCUUGAGCACAUGACAUCGGGGUUCGAAAUCGUGGUUCCUGCGCUUGUUCAAAGAGCCAAAGACUUGGGCAUCCAAGGCCUGCCCUAUGAUCAUCCUCUCAUCAACGAGAUUGCUAUCACAAAAGAAGGAAGAUUGAAAAAGAUACCGAAGGAGAUGAUUUACCAAACGCCGACGACUUUACUAUUCAGUUUGGAAGGGCUGGGAGAUUUGGAGUGGGAAAGGAUACUGCAACUGCAAUCAGGCGAUGGCUCCUUCCUCACUUCGCCGUCGUCGACGGCGCACGCCUUCAUGCAGACCAAAGAUGCAAAAUGCUUGAAAUUCAUCGACAACGCCGUCAAGAAUUGCAACGGCGGAGUGCCACAUACCUAUCCAGUCGAUGUCUUCGCAAGGCUUUGGGCAGUCGACAGACUACAACGCCUCGGAAUUUCCCGUUUCUUUCAACAGGAAAUUAAGUAUUUCCUAGACCACGUCAACAGCGUUUGGACCGAGAACGGCGUUUUCAGUGGGCGAGAUUCGCAAUUUUGCGACAUUGAUGACACGUCUAUGGGGAUUAGGCUUCUAAAAAUGCAUGGAUACAACGUCGACCCAAAUGCACUCGAACAUUUCAAGCAGCAAGAUGGUAAAUUUUCUUGCUACGGUGGUCAGAUGAUCGAGUCUGCAUCUCCAAUAUACAAUCUCUACAGAGCUGCUCAGCUGCGGUUUCCAGGAGAAGAAAUUCUCGAAGAAGCCACCAAAUUUGCCUUCAACUUUUUGCAAGAAAAGAUAGCCAACAAUCAGCUUCAAGAAAAAUGGGUGAUAUCUCAUCACUUAAUCGAUGAGAUAAAGCUCGGGUUGAAGAUGCCAUGGUACGCCACUCUACCCCGAGUUGAGGCUGCAUAUUAUCUACGAUAUUAUGCUGGCUCUGACGACGUAUGGAUUGGCAAGGUUUUCUACAGGAUGCCAGAAAUCAGCAACGACACAUACAAAGAGCUCGCCGUAUUGGACUUCAACAGAUGCCAAGCACAGCAUCAGUUCGAAUGGAUUUACAUGCAAGAAUGGUAUCACAGAAGCAGUGUUGGUGAAUUCGGGAUAAGCAAAAAAGAUCUACUCCGUGCUUACUUUUUGGCCGCAGCAACCGUAUUCGAACCGGAGAGAACACAAGAGAGGCUUGUGUGGGCCAAAACCCAGCUUGUUUCUAAGAUGAUCGCAUCAUUUGUUAGCAAUGAGACUACACUAUCUUUGGAUCAAAGGAUUGCACUUGUCACACAGCUCGGACAUAAUUUCGAUGGCAUCGAUGAAAUAAUUAGUGCUAUGAAAGAUCAUGCACUUGCUCCGACUCUGCUGACAACCUUCCAGCAACUUCUAGACGGUUUCAACAGAUACACUCGCCAUCAAUUGAAAAAUGCUUGGAGCCAAUGGUUCAUGAAACUGCGGCAAGGGGAGGCCAACAGCGGGGAAGACGCGGAGCUCCUAGCAAACACGCUCAACAUCUGCGCUGGUCUCAUCGCCUUCAACGAAGACGUAUUGUUGCACCAUGAAUACACGACUCUCUCCACCCUCACUAACAAAAUCUGCAAGCGGCUCAGCCAAAUUAAGGAUAAUAAGGCGUUGGAAGUUGUGGAUGGGAGCAUAAAGGAUAAGGAGCUGGAACAGGAUAUGCAGGCGUUGGUGAAGUUAGCGCUUGAAGAGAAUGGCGGCGGCGGCGUCGACAGGAACAUUAAACACACGUUUUUAUCAGUUGUCAAGACUUUCUACUACAGCGCCUACCACGAUGAUGAGACCACCGAUGCUCAUAUUUUCAAAGUACUUUUUGAACCGGUCGUAUGAAUAUUUUCGGCUCCAACAAAUUAGGACGAUUGCAUGUCACAAAUAGGAAGACAUGUAUGAUCUAAGAAUAAAAUGAUGUUACUUUUUUUAUACUAUUUCUAUUGUUUUACGUCUUCGAUUGUGGAACUAAUUAUACAAAUA